GAGGCAGUGUGUGUGUGAGAGGGAACCAGAGACAGAGAGAGGCACACCGAGAGACAAAGUGAGGCAGCCAAACAGAGAGAGAGAGAGUCAGUAAGGGCAGCUCCACUCUUCUCCCCUGUCCAGUGCUCUAGUUCAGGGACCAUGCUGCAGGGGUGUCAUUUAGCCUGGCUCGGGGCUCUCUUCCUGGGGCUGGCCAGCACCUUGGCCGGGGCCUCUGGUUUCCAGCAUCACAGCUACGAGGAGAUGGUGCGUGCGAUGUUUGCCGUGCAGAGCGAGUGUCCCUACAUAAGCAGGAUCUACAGCAUCGGCCACAGCACUGAGGGACGCCACCUUUACGUCCUGGAGUUCAGUGACAACCCUGGGGUCCAUGAAGCACUGGAGCCGGAGUUCAAGUAUGUUGGGAACAUGCACGGGAAUGAGGUGCUGGGCCGUGAGCUGCUCAUCCAGCUGUCCCAGUUCCUGUGUGAGGAGUACCGGGCCGGGAACCACCGGAUCAUGAGGCUGAUCCACGACACGCGGAUCCACAUCCUGCCCUCCAUGAACCCAGACGGGUACGAGGUGGCAGCCAGGCAGGGUCCUGAGUUCAACGGUUAUCUGGUGGGGAGAGGGAACUCAAGGGAUGUGGACCUGAACCGGAACUUUCCUGACCUGAACGCCCUCAUGUACUACUACGAGAAGACCAACGGACGUAAUCACCACCUGCCCCUGCCCGAUAACUGGGAACAACAUGUUGAGCCAGAGACCCUUGCAGUGAUCAAAUGGAUGCAGAACUAUAACUUUGUCCUGUCGGCUAACCUGCAUGGGGGGGCCGUGGUAGCUAACUACCCCUUCGAUAAGUCCCGGGACCCCCGAAUCAGGGGCAGGACCACCUACUCUGCCUCCGCUGAUGACAAGGUCUUCAAGAAGUUGGCCAGGACCUACUCGUACGCCCACAGUUGGAUGCACAAGGGCUGGAACUGCGGGGACUUCUUUGAUGAGGGGAUCACUAACGGGGCCAGCUGGUACUCCCUGUCUAAAGGCAUGCAGGACUUUAACUACCUAUACACCAACUGCUUUGAGAUCACUCUGGAGCUGAGCUGCGACAAGUUCCCCCCAGCCUCAGCCCUGUCCAGGGAGUGGCUGGGCAACAGAGAGGCCCUGGUCUCCUACCUGGAGCAGGUGCACCAUGGGAUCAAAGGCAUGGUGUAUGAUGACAACAACAACCCCAUCGCCAGCGCUGAGAUCUCAGUAGCUGGCAUCAACCACGAUGUGUCCAGUGGUGUGGAUGGAGACUACUUCAGGCUUCUAUUGCCAGGGACCUACACUGUCACAGCGAAUGCAAAUGGAUACCUACCCUCAACCAGCACGGUCACAGUAGGCCCAGCCGAAGCAAUCCAGCUUCAUUUUUACCUGAAAACGGCCCCGAAAGACAACAACCUGAACAUCAAGAAUAACCACGGCAAGAAAAACCUCUCUUCUCCUCCUAAGAUCCCUGUGAAUCUGGGCCCAAGAUGAGACAUGGACCUCAGAAGUACUACAACACAGUCACCCCACUAGCUAGAACCAAGACUAACAGGUGGGCCUGCACGCAGACUCCCACAAAAGCACAUAGUACAGAUAAACAGUGAACAACAACUUGUAUGAUAUGAUUACUUGUGUCUUUUAUAACCUGGUUGUCUGUGUAGAUACAUAAUAAGGGAUUCAGUAAUGACGUAGUUAUUUUGUAAGCCUCAUGUAUUUAUGUAUUAGUAUAAUUUUACUGUACUGUAUUCAAUGAUUUUAAGGUCAAGGAAAACUGAAUUGCUAAUGACAAUAAUUAAUUAUUGUCAUUAUACAAAUAAUUUGAUGGGAAAAAAAGAAUGACAAUAAACUCUGUUCAGUAUUUUUAUUUAUUUCAUCCGGCAUUUUAUAAAUGAAUCAUGGAAUUGCACUUAGAUAUGCAACAUAAAGAUGCAACGUUUUGUAUUUUACAACAAAUCAAUACUGUCACUAAGUUAUUGAUGUAAUUGGUUUGAAAAAGAUAAGCAAAAAUAAAGGUUUCUAUGAUUUUUAUUAAACAUACAUUUUUGAAUUUCAGUUAGUUAGCAAAAUGUAAUCCUAUCCGGUUAUCCUUUAUCACUUUUGUUAUAGAGGCCAGGCCAAAGUCAGUGUAAUCAACGGGCUUUUGUACCACAAGGUGUCACUACAGUACUGAUAAUUAACUGUCUUCCCUCGACCCUUCACGGAAAAGACUGAACUAGAUGUGUCAGUGUUCAAGCCUUAUCAGAAGACAUUGAGAAUGAUUGCUCUAAAGGGUGUUCAUUGAGUAAAAUAAAAAUGUCUAAUCUUAAAAUGUACAGAUACUCCUGUGUCGGUUCAUCCAGAUUCAUCCUUCUUAAAUGUACAGUACCAGCCUGCACCUAUGUUACAACGUCAUCAUUCAUGUUUGUUACUCCAUUUGAAUGAACUUACAGCUACUCAAAACGGGUGCUGUUUCAAUGACCCGUCAUGUUUCCAUCGCAAGUAUCCAUUAGAAAUGUGGUCAUGUUCCUUACAGAUGGCCCAUGUUCUAUAAACAAUUCCACCGGGCUAUACAUUGGGAUGAAACAUGGGCUCCAGUCUGUGCUUUUGAAAGAGAAUUUUCCACUUGUUUUUUGACCACCAGCUUCCAAACACAGUUCAACAAUAGCCCACUCUGACAAACAGGAAUGAGGAAAAACGUACUUCAGUGGGCAGACUCAACUUGUGACUGUGAGGUACAACUUCACUGGAAGUAUAGACAAAGAUAGCGGCAGAUUGUUUUCAGCCCCUAUUUAUGAAUAUAAGUCAUUCAAAGUAGCUUGUUCGUAAAUUACUGUAUUUGAUGACCAAUAAACAUCCAUUACUUCCUA